AUGAGGAGGACUUGUCUAGACGGUGAUAAGAACUGCCACCUGUGGACCGCAGUGGACCUGGCCUUCUUUGUCCUGAUGGGUGUGGUUGGUGGCCUGCUGGGGGCGCUCUUCAACUGCAUGAACAAGUGUCUGGCCAAGUAUCGCAUGAGACAUGUUCACCCCAAGGCCAGGUUCUUCAGAGUACUCGAGAGUCUGCUGGUUGCCAUGGUGACAACAGUUGUGAUAUUUGCCGCUUCCAUUUUGUUGGGCGAAUGUCGGGACCUGACCUCCCCCACCACCCACAACACCACGCUGGCCAACAGUGAGGAGAUCAACUCAACCAUUCGCCAGUUCUUCUGCUCCAACAAGACCUACAACGACAUGGCCACUCUGUUCUUCAACCCCCAGGAGGCUGCCAUCCACCAGCUCUUCCACCAGGACGGGACCUUCAGUCCGGUGACCCUGUCGGUGUUCUUCCUGCUCUACUUCCUGUUGGCCUGCUGGACCUAUGGCGUGUCCGUCCCCAGUGGGCUCUUCGUCCCGUCGCUUCUCUGCGGGGCGGCGUUCGGACGUCUCGUCGCAAACAUCCUCAAAGUGAAACUGGGGAUGGACAUUUACUCCGGGACCUUCGCUCUGAUCGGCGCUGCCGCUUUCCUCGGGGGAGUGGUCCGGAUGACCAUCAGCCUCACCGUCAUCCUCAUCGAGUCCACCAAUGAAAUCACGUACGGGCUGCCCAUCAUGAUCACGCUGAUGGUUGCGAAGUGGACCGGAGACUUCUUCAAUAAGGGCAUCUAUGACAUCCACAUCCAGCUGAAAGGGGUCCCCCUGCUGGACUGGGAGACUGAGGUUGAAAUGGACAAGCUGACAGCCAGCGACAUCAUGGAGCCCAACCUGACCUACGUGUACCCCCACACCCGAGUUCAGUCCUUGGUCAGCAUCCUCCGAACCACCGUGUACCACGCCUUUCCCGUGGUCACAGAGAACCGGCAGAAUGAGCGAGACUUCAUGAAGGGCAACAUCCUGAUCAGCAACAACAUCCACUUCAAACGGUCCAACAUCGUGUCCCGUGCGGGGGAGCAGCGGCGGCGGUGCCAGUCGAUGAAGUCGUACCCGUCCAGCGAGCUGAGGAACGUUUGUGAUGAGCAGGUCGCCGCCGUGGAGCCGGCGGAGGAGGGCGAGGACCUGCUCCAGCAGAUGUUGGAGAGAAGGCAUGCUCCAUACCCAAACCUGUACCCGGAUCAGUCUCCCAGUGAGGAGUGGACCAUGGAGGAGCGGUUCAGACCACUUACCUUCCACGGCCUCAUCCUCCGCUCCCAGCUGGUCAACUUGCUCAUCAGAGGGGUCUGCUACUCCGAGAACCAGUCGAGUGCCACUCAGCCCCGGUUGUCGUAUGCAGAAAUGACAGAAGAUUACCCACGUUACCCAGACAUCCAUGAAGUGGACCUCACCCUGCUCAACCCCCUCAUGAUAGUGGAUGUCACCCCCUACAUGAACACAAGUCCCUACACGGUUUCACCCAACACCCGGAUCUCCCAGGUCUUCAACCUGUUCCGGACUAUGGGUCUCCGACACCUACCGGUGGUCAAUGCUGUCGGCGAGAUCGUUGGAAUAAUCACGAGGCAUAAUUUAACCCACGAGCUCCUGGCGGCCAAACUGCGACAGCAUUGCAUCACCAUCUGA